CCACAGAUCCUGUAAUUGGCCGCGCCAGUCCGAGGUACACACAGGCCACCGUAGCUGGCACUGUCGGUAAACAGAGUCCUGUGAAGCCCACUUCUGGUGGUGCAGAAGCCCUGGGCUCCUCUGACCCCAAGCCCCCUGUAGCUGGCAAUCUGCACUUCAAACCUCACCUAGCUGAUCUUGUGUGGAAGGAGGCUUCCCACCCAUCUCAGCCAUGAACUUCCUCCGGAGGCGGCUGUCUGACAGCAGCUUUGUGGCCAACCUGCCCAAUGGCUACAUGCCGGACCUGCAGCGCCCAGAGAGCUCCAGCAGCUCCCCAGCGUCCCCAGCCACAGAGAGGAGGCACCCCCAGCCCCUGGCUGCCUCCUUGUCUUCUCCAGGAUCCAGCCUGUUCAGCUCCUUUUCCAGUGCCAUGAAACAGACCCCACAGGCCCCCUCAGGGCUGAUGGAACCACCAACUCCUGCCACACCCGUGGUUCAGAGACCCAGGAUCUUGUUGGUCAUCGAUGAUGCCCACACAGACUGGUCAAAAUAUUUUCAUGGGAAGAAAGUGAAUGGUGACAUUGAAAUCCGAGUGGAACAGGCUGAGUUCUCUGAGCUGAACCUGGCUGCUUAUGUUACCGGAGGCUGCAUGGUGGACAUGCAAGUUGUGAGAAAUGGCACCAAAAUUGUGCGGUCCUUCAAACCGGACUUCAUUCUUGUCCGACAGCAUGCCUACAGCAUGGCCCUGGCUGAGGACUACCGGAGCCUAGUCAUCGGCCUCCAGUAUGGAGGACUUCCUUCUGUCAACUCUCUCUACUCCGUAUAUAACUUCUGCAGCAAGCCUUGGGUGUUCUCUCAGCUCAUUAAGAUCUUCCAUUCCUUGGGUCCUGAGAAGUUUCCACUAGUGGAGCAAACAUUUUUCCCCAACCACAAGCCAAUGCUGACAGCCCCGAACUUCCCCGUGGUGAUCAAGCUGGGGCAUGCCCAUGCUGGCAUGGGAAAGAUCAAAGUAGAAAACCAGCACGACUACCAGGACAUCACCAGCGUGGUGGCUAUGGCCAAAACCUAUGCCACCACGGAGGCUUUUAUUGAUUCCAAGUACGACAUCCGCAUACAGAAGAUUGGAUCCAACUACAAGGCAUACAUGAGAACCUCCAUCUCUGGAAACUGGAAAGCUAAUACAGGCUCUGCUAUGCUGGAGCAGGUGGCCAUGACGGAAAGGUACAGGCUGUGGGUGGACAGCUGUUCAGAAAUGUUCGGCGGCCUAGACAUCUGUGCUGUCAAGGCUGUCCACAGCAAGGAUGGCAGAGAUUAUAUUAUCGAGGUCAUGGACAGUUCAAUGCCUCUGAUUGGAGAACACGUGGAAGAGGACAAGCAGUUAAUGGCUGACCUUGUUGUCUCCAAGAUGAGCCAACUCCUGGUACCAGGGGCCACGGUGCCCUCACCCCUGAGACCUUGGGGUCCACAGACUAAACCUGCAAAAUCUCCGGGGCAAGGCCAGCUAGGACCUCUGCUAGGACAGCCCCAGCCAAGGCCACCUCCACAAGGGGGCCCUCGUCAGGCUCAAUCUCCUCAGCCUCCCAGAUCUAGAAGUCCAUCCCAACAGAGGCUCUCCCCACAAGGCCAGCAGCCUGUGAGUCCCCAGUCAGGAUCUCCACAGCAGCAAAGAUCACCAGGCUCUCCACAGCUAUCCCGGGCAUCAGGUGGCAGUUCUCCAAACCAGGCCUCCAAGCCAAGCACCAGCCUCAGUUCACAUACUCGGCCUCCUGUGCAGGGACGCAGCACCUCCCAGCAGGGUGAAGAGCCUCAAAAGCCAGCAUCACCUCACCCCCACCUCAACAAAUCCCAGUCCCUGACUAACAGCCUCAGCACGUCAGACACCUCCCAUCGAGGGACCCCAAGCGAAGACGAGGCCAAGGCUGAGACAAUCCGCAACCUGAGGAAGUCCUUUGCCAGUCUCUUCUCCGACUAGCCCUAUCCAGGCUGGAGGACAGGCGGGCAAGAAGACUCAAUGACUGGAGCCAUUCUCUGCUUCCCUCCUCCUCAGCCUUGGUUCCUGAUGGAAAUAUGCUUCCUAAAUAUGUCUGACCCAGGAACUGGUCAUCUACAUUCAUUCCCACCUCCAUGACCAUGACAUUCCAAUGCUGUCUGACUGAGAGGUAGCCUUGAGAGUCCCUAGGUUCCUCAACACGGGCCUUCUAGACAGACGAGGCAUCACUACAUCCACCAUACGCUUGCUCCCCUGCCGCCAGUACCAAGUGAGAUGUCUGUGUGGCUUGUUUUUGCAGUCUUAUUAGUAUUUUGCUUGCCUUUAGGUGGAGGCCCCCCCUUCUAGGCCUUGACUCACCUCCAUCAAAUGCAUACAUUAUAGUCGGACCUCAGC